GCAGGGCAGUCCCAUCAGUGCAUAGGUCAUUUCCACAGACUUUAGCUAAGUAAAAUGGGCUGGGCUUACUCAGGGGAGUGGGGAAUGCUGGCUGGCUUCUGCUUUGCCACCCUGAAGAAUGCGCAAGAGGGCCGUGCCUGGUUUCGGCGACCAUGGAUUCAUGCCUCUGGCAUGGUUGCGGGCUACUAUCUAUUUAAGGCAGCGUCCGACUGGGAGGACGAGGCGCUGCGGCGCAUCAUUACACGCUAUGAGCGGAAGGGCUAUGUCAUUCCCGAGAAUCGCAAGGAAUUGUUUGCACCUGCGACAUACAAGUAGAAGCUUUUAUACUGACCCAGGGCCCUCAGCGGCAUCAACAAGUGCCGCAGCCGAGCUCUUGAGCCUCAAGGUGUCAGAACACCGGAACAGUAGGCGGCCUUCUGCGCGCGCUCUGGUAAGAAGUCAUAUCAGCCGUCUCGGUGGCGCUACUCACUUAUCUGCCCGCGUGUGAGCCCGUAAGAGGUUACGGGGAGGCCGAAAGGCGCAGCGGUAGGGAGAGAGCGGCCCCGUCUCCAUUAUUCCACAUGGCGCUCCGCAACGGCGCUACCGGCGGCUCCCCUCUCCCUCUCCUCUCAUUGGAAAAAUUGACGGUGCAUGGCCGUUUCUCUGUGUGUGUGUGUGUGUGUGUGUGUGUGUGUGUGUGUGUGUGUGUGUGUGUUUCUUUUUGAGCGGGAUUUGGGCUAGCGGCCCUAUGAGGAGGAGGAGAACUGGUCUGCAUGCUGUACCUAACUAAAAACAGCCACGUCACUUGAUGGAAGGCACGUGGUGCGAAAUGUUGUUGUCGGGGCUCGCACACACGUCUUGGCGGCGGAGAGCGGACCGUCCAUUGUUGCUUCCGGGACGGGCCGCGCCCCCGGGCCCUCCGCCAUUACUUACUUUGCUGGCUUCGGGUCGUGGGUUGUGUAAAGCCUCAAGCAACUGGCGCGACUGAUGCUGAUUCCACAUUUAUUUAUUCCGGGUACAGGUGUACGUGUGUGUUUGUGUGUGUAGAAAGUUUUCCGAAUCCUUCUGUAAGCUUUUUGAAUUUUGAAACGAUUCAAUCGAUUAACAG